CCUCUCUCCUCCACUUUCAUCAACUCUGAUUUCAAAGAUUACUCGAAGAGAUUAGCCAUGGAAGGUUCAAUUACAAAACACUUUCUCUACUCUUUUGUCUUUCUACUAGCCAUUACUUCAUACAUCAACUCAAGCUCAGCCGAUACUCGAUUCCUCUAUCGUAGUUCCCCUAAAACUGCCAACACAGAGUUCAUUAAAACAUCUUGUAGCUCCACAAAAUAUCCCAAACUUUGCUAUACAUCCCUUGUUGGCCAUGCCAGCUUAAUCCGAACUAGUCCUAAGCUCCUUGCCCAUACAGCCCUCAAUGUGACUCUUGCAACAACUAAAUCGACGUCGGCUGUCAUGUUGAAGAUGUCGAAAGACUCCGGGAUGAACCCUAGAGAGGUGGAUGCCAUGCAAGAUUGCCUAGAGGAGUUGAGUGAUUCAGUUGAUGAGCUCAGAAGGUCUAUUGGGGAGAUGGGGCAAAUAAAAGCUUCUAAUUUUGAGGUUAUGAUGAGUGAUAUAGAGACUUGGGUUAGUGCUGCUUUGACAGAUGAAAGUACUUGCAGUGAUGGAUUUAAACGUAACACAGUGAAUGGGAAAAUUGUGAGAAGCAGAAUUGUGAAAAUUGCUCAUAUGACCAGCAAUGCCUUGGCUUUGAUCAAUAGCUAUGCUUCUGUUCAUUCUUAGUAAUGAUAAGAAUUAGACAAAAUGUGAGAGGUUUAGAUACCUCAUAGUUAGUACGUACAACUGUUAUUGAGGUGGAUUUCUAUAUAUUUGCAGAAUGUGUGUACUAUAUUGUAAUUGAAUUUAUGCAAACUAUAAGUUUCUUGCCA